CCGCCCCCGAUUCCGGAACUCCAAGUUCAUCUUUCUCCAGCUCGAUCUGGCUGGGCCACCAUGGACCUGGGACUUGCAGGUCGGCGGGCGCUGGUCACCGGCGCGGGCAAAGGCAUCGGGCGCAGCACUGUGCUGGCGUUGCAGGCGGCUGGUGCGCAUGUUGUGGCCGUGAGCCGGACACGAGCGGACCUUGACAGCCUGGUUAGCGAGUGUCCUGGCGUGGAGCCUGUGUGUGUAGACCUGGCAGACUGGGAGGCCACAGAACGGGCCCUAAGCAAUGUGGGACCGGUGGACCUGCUGGUGAACAACGCCGGCGUGGCUCUGCUGCAACCCUUCCUGGAGAUCACUAAGGAGGCCUGUGACACGUCCUUCAACGUGAAUCUUCGGGCUGUCAUCCAGGUGUCUCAGAUUGUGGCCAAGGGCAUGAUAGCUCGGGGAGUCCCAGGAGCCAUCGUGAACGUCUCCAGCCAGGCCUCCCAGCGGGCGCUGACCAACCAUAGUGUCUACUGUUCCACCAAGGGUGCCCUGGACAUGCUGACCAAGAUGAUGGCCCUGGAGCUUGGACCCCACAAGAUCCGUGUGAACGCGGUCAAUCCCACGGUAGUGAUGACACCCAUGGGCCGGACCAACUGGAGUGACCCCCACAAGGCCAAAGUUAUGCUGGAUCGCAUCCCACUUGGCAAGUUCGCUGAAGUGGAGGACGUGGUGGACACCAUUCUCUUCCUGCUGAGCAACCGAAGUGGCAUGACCACGGGUUGCGCUUUGCCGGUGGACGGCGGCUUCCUGGCCACCUGAGCCCCCCUUCACCAUUACUCCGCUCAGCCCUAUGCUCAGAACACUGUGCCCUCCGUCCCACCAAUAAACGUCUCUGUCCAGCCUGUGUGCUCAGGCAGGCAGAGAUCUGCAUGCCGUCUGUGAUCCAAA